AGCCACCAUUCCGCGGAAAGCGAGAUUUACAGGACUUUGUUUAGUUUUCUAAUAUUUUAUUCUUAAAAUUUAACGUUAUUAACGCACAGCAACUCACUAUGGCACCCGUGAGCAAAGGUAAAGCAAAGCCAGAUGAGCGAAACGCGGCUCCACCGGUAAAGAAACCGAAGCUAGAGGACUGCAUAGAGGAGGAGGAAGGUGUCGAUGACAAGCAGAUCGUCAAACGUAAACCGACCGUCACGGAUCAGUCGAAACUGUGCCCCUAUUUGGACACAAUCAACCGGCAUCUGUUGGACUUUGACUUCGAGAAGCUGUGCUCGGUGUCGCUGACGCGGAUCAAUGUGUACGCGUGUCUGGUUUGCGGAAAGUACUUUCAGGGCCGGGGAACCAACACCCACGCGUACACCCAUUCCGUGGCCGAGUCGCACCACGUGUUCCUGAACCUGUCCACGCUGAAGUUCUACUGUCUGCCGGACAACUACGAGAUCAUCGAUUCGUCGCUCGACGACAUCAAGUACGUGCUCGAUCCGGUGUUUGCCGUGCGCGACAUACGCCACCUGGACAACGAGGACGUAAAGCAGUCGCGCACGGUCGAUGGUACGUUCUACAACCCGGGCGUGGUCGGGCUGAACAACAUCAAGGCGAACGAUUACUGCAACGUGAUCCUGCAAGCCCUGUCACACGUCAAGCCGAUCCGGGACUUUUUCCUGAUGGAGAAAAACUACGCCAACAUUAAGCGACCACCCGGUGACACGGCAUUCACGUUGGUCCAGCGCUUCGGUGAGCUGCUGCGCAAGCUGUGGAACCCGCGCAACUUUAAGGCGCACGUUUCGCCGCACGAAAUGCUGCAGGCGGUCGUGCUGUGGAGCAGCAAGCAGUUCCAGAUCACCAAGCAGGGUGAUCCGAUCGAGUUUCUCUCCUGGUUUCUGCACAGUCUGCACAAGCAGCUGCGUGGUACCCGGCAGCCCGACUCGUCGGUCAUCAAUCGGAGCUUUCUCGGUGAGAUGAAGAUCUACACCCGCAAACUGCCUCCGACCGAGCUGGACGAUGUGCAGAAGCAGCUCCUGCUGGCGACGGACGAGUACCAGGAGAAGGUUGAAACGUCCACCUUCCUCUACUUGACGUGCGAUCUGCCCGCUACGCCGCUGUUUAUUGACGAGCUGCGCGAAAACAUCAUCCCGCAGGUGAACCUCUACCAGCUGCUGGCCAAGUUUAACUCCAUCUCGGAGAAGGAGUACAAGACGUAUAAGGAAAAUUUUCUCAAGCGAUUCGAAAUCACGCGCCUCCCGAAGUACGUCAUCCUGUACAUCAAGCGGUUCACGAAGAACACCUUUUUCCUCGAGAAGAAUCCCACCAUCGUCAACUUUCCCGUCAAAAAUGUUGAUUUAGGGGAUAUCUUGACGGAGGACAACAAGAAAGCACACCGGUACACCAAGUACAACCUGGUGGCGAACAUCGUGCACGACGGCGAACCAAACUCCGGCACGUACCGUUGUCACAUCCUGCAGAAGAGCACGAACCAGUGGUACGAAAUGCAGGACUUGCACGUCACCAACAUUCUGCCGCAGAUGAUCACGCUCACCGAAGCGUACAUACAGAUCUACGAGCAACAGGAAACGGACGAAACCUAG